AUGGCGAAAUUUAAAACUCCAGCUAAAGAGCUGGCUAAUCAAAUGAACUCUUCUGGAAACAAAAAGCAAUCAUCAUUAAUGUCAUUUUUCAAACCAAUAUCAUCAAUAGAAAAAUCUAAAGAAUCCAAAUCCAAUACAUUACCAAUCGUUUCAUCACCAUUAGAAUCUAAAACUAAAACGAAACUCAAAUUGGAUGAAUCUAGUGAUAAAGAAAAUGAUUCUUCAAUGUUAUAUGAUCGUGAAGAUGUAUAUUCAUCAAGUAUGACAUCACCACCAGAUUUCAAUCAAACCAAACAAACACCACUUAAAGAAAGAACUGCAGCAUUAAACUCUUCACCAGUUUUAACGAAUAAAAGAGGGUCUAGACGAGUCAAUUAUAACGAAUCAGAAGACGACGAAGACGACGGAAGUGAAGUGAAUACUAAAAGAAAGAAAAGAAAAGUUUUACCUGUCGAUAGUGAUGAUGAAGAUGACGAAUUUCAACCAUUUCUGGAUGAUGAUGAUUUCGUUGUUGAUGACGAAGUUAAUGAAGAAGAACUUGAAGUUGAAGAAGAAGAAGAGGAAGAAGAAGAUCAUAUGAAAUCGAAAAAGAAGCGUUCGAUUACUAAGUCAACACAACCCAAAGCUAAUUUACCAAAAUUACCAAAUCUUGAUGACAGUACAGACACAAGCAUAAGUGAAAAGUUCAAUGCAUCUUCAUCUUACCAAAACACAGAUUAUAAACCACAACAAUAUCUGUCAAAACCUAUUUCUCAGAAAAAAAAUUUUGAAAAACAAAAUGAAGAAAGGUACCAAUGGUUGAUCAAUAUAAAAGAUGCAGAAAAACGAGACCCAAGUCAUCCUAAUUACGAUCCAAGAACUUUAUAUAUCCCACAAUCUGCUUGGUCCAAAUUUACAAAUUUUGAAAAACAAUAUUGGGAAAUAAAAUCUAAAAAUUGGAAUACAGUUGUGUUUUUUCAAAAAGGUAAAUUUUAUGAAUUAUAUGAAAAUGAUGCUGUAAUUGCAAAUACAAAAUUUGAUUUAAAAAUUGCAGGUGGUGGAAGAGCAAAUAUGAAAUUAGCAGGAGUUCCUCAAAUGUCUUUUGAUUAUUGGUCAAAUGAAUUCAUAAAAUUAGGUUAUAAAGUUGCAAAAGUUGAUCAAAUUGAAAGUCAAUUGAGUAAAGAUAUAAGAGGUGGUGGAUCAAAAGAAGAAAAAAUUAUUAAAAGAGAGUUAAUCAAUGUUUUGACUGGAGGAACUUUAACUAAUUUGGAUAUGAUAACUGAUGAUAUGUCUACUUAUUGCUUAAGUAUUAAGGAGCAAGCUCAAGAAGAUGGAUCCAAAAUUUUUGGAGUUGCCUUUGUUGAUACUGCGACUUCUGAAUUGAGUUUAAUUGAAUUGGAGGAUGAUUCUGAGUGUACCAAACUAGAUACAUUAAUAACACAAGUUCGUCCAAAGGAAAUCGUUUGUGAAAAAGGUAAUCUUUGUAAUAUUGCUAGUAAAAUACUCAAAUACAGUUCACAUUCAAAUAAUCAAAUUUGGAAUCAUUUGAACCCUAUUACUGAAUUUUGGGAUUAUGAUUUAACAUUGGAAAAUUUAGUAAAAUCAAAGUACUACCCAGCAAAUGAUUUAGAUGAUUUUUCAAAUUAUCCUCAAGUUUUAAUUGAUUUUAAGGAGAAACAUGUAGCUUUCACUGCAUUAGGUGGUUUGUUGUCAUAUUUAAAAAUUUUGAAAUUAGAUGAAAGUAUUAUGAGUUUGGGCAAUAUUCAUCAUUAUCAAAUUUCAAAAAAUCAAGCAUCUCAUUUGAUAUUAGAUGGUAAUACAUUAGGCAAUUUAGAAAUAUUGAAUAAUAAUUAUGAUGGUUCGGAUGAAGGUACAUUACUAAAAUUGAUAAAUCGAGCAACUACUGCAUUUGGUAAAAGAUUAUUAAAACAAUGGGUUUUACAUCCUCUUAUGAAAAUAUCCGACAUCAACGAUAGAUAUGAUUCAAUUGAAUACUUGAUGAAUGAUGGUUUAGAAUUAAGAUCUGUCUUAGAGGAAUGUCUUUCGAACUUGCCUGAUCUUGAAAGAUUAAUUGCUAGAAUUCAUGGUAAAACAUUAAGAUUCAAAGAUUUUUUAAAAGUGAUUGAAAGUUUUGAAAACAUUGCAAAAUUUUCUAAAACUUUAUCAGAAUUUGCCAAUAUAGAAAGCGGUGUUUUGUAUAAAUAUUUAAAAAAUUUUCCAGAAGAAAUGGCAGGUUACAUAUCAGAAUGGGAAGAUGCUUUUGAUAGACAGGAAGCUAAAAAUGAUGUAAUAAUACCAGCAGAAGGUGUUGAUCAAGAAUUUGAUGAAUCUCAAACUAUAAUGAAUGAUUUAGAAGCACAAUUGAAUCAAAAAUUAAAAGACUAUAAGAAACAAUUCAAAUCUCAAGAAAUCUUUUAUCGUGAUUCUGGUAAAGAAAUUUAUCUUAUAGAAUUACCAAUCAAACUUGUUAAAAAUGUUCCUCAAAAUUGGUUAACUAUGGGAGCAACAUCAAAAGUUAAAAGAUUCUGGUCACCAGAAGUGAAAGAAUUAGCAAGAAAAUUAAUGGAACAAAGAGAAUUACAUAAACAAGUUUGUGAUACACUUAAAUUAAGAAUGUAUGAAAAAUUUGAUAGUCAUUAUCAAACUUGGAUGAAAGUUUUGGUCUCAAUUGCCAAUAUAGAUUGUAUAUUAUCAUUAACAAAAGUAUCAGAAUCAAUGGGGUAUCCAUCAUGCCGUCCUCAAUUUAUCGAACAAGAUCAAGGGGUCAUUGACUUUCAAGAACUAAGACAUCCUUGUUUCAUGGGAAUAAAAGAAUUUAUUCCAAAUGAUAUUCAAUUAGGUGGAAAUGAACCAAAUUUUGGAUUAUUGACAGGUGCUAAUGCAGCAGGUAAAUCAACAUUAAUGAGAACAACUGCUUUAGCAAUAUUAUUAUGUCAAAUUGGUUGUUUUGUGCCUGCGAAACUGGCGAAAUUGACCCCAGUUGAUAGAAUUAUGACAAGAUUGGGAGCAAAUGAUAAGAUUAUGCAAGGAAAAUCAACAUUCUUUGUUGAAUUAUCUGAAACAAAGAAAAUUUUGGAUUUUGCAACACCAAAAUCUUUUGUUAUCAUAGAUGAAUUAGGAAGAGGUGGAUCUACUAGUGAUGGUUUCGCUAUUGCUGAAGCUGUUUUAUAUCAUUUAGCUACUUAUUUAAAACCAAUUGGAUUUUUUGCAACUCAUUUUCAUACAUUAGCAUUAUCAUUUCAAAAUCAUUCUGAAGUUAAACCAUUACGACUAGCAAUUAUUGUUGAUCAAGAUUCUAAAAAAAUUACAUUUUUAUAUAAAUUGGAAUCAGGAGUUGCUUCAGGAUCAUUUGGAAUGAAUGUAGCUUUGAUGUGUGGUAUAAGUCACGAGAUAGUAAACAAAGCUGAGAUUGCUGCUAAAGAGUAUUUAGUUUAG